UUGCUCGUGGGGUACGUAUUUCCGUUCCUCUGACGCUUGGCCGAAACCGAGCUCCAGUAUGCGAAAACAUCCCUCUCUACGCCUCCCCCCCCCUCCGCCCGAUGGAUUCUAUGACUAAGAGAACAUUCUGCGGUGUCGUAGCACCACAAGACAGCACGAAGUUGGCGUCUCAUUGCGAAGACCCACGUAACUUUCUUUCGCCUCUAGCGGGAUCUGAUUUCCAGAUUCCAAAAGGAAAAGAAAACAAUUGGAUCAAUUUUGAAGAGAAAGAUUGGGGGAGGGGGGGGGGAAUAACGGAUCUUGAGCCUCCUAGAUGAAAGACGUUUGAAUCCCUCGGUGGACUAAACGGAGGACUCUUAGUCGCAUCGUGCAAUUCAGCCCCCUUCGAUUAACAGCGAGCAGCAUCCCUGGAGGAGAAUAACAGGACCGACGUCGAAGGAGUCGAGGGCGGGGACUGAGAGGUGGUCCUGAGGCUUAGUGAGCUCGGGAAGGACAGAAAGACCCCAAACCUGCCAGCAACAGAACUUGCCCGGGAUUUAGGAUCAGGUUGAACUCCUUUCUCACCGGGAUCCACGUAACAAACGAGGAUUAGAGCAACUGAUCGGUCACGACACCUCCCCCCCCCCACCUCAUCCCACUGCCCCCCCAUCCCCCUUUGUAUCUUCAGCACCCUCGCCGGGAGGAAUAUUUGGAAGAUGGGAGCGCGUGAGACCCAGCGGGUGGAAGCUGCUCCAGCCCUGGCCGUGCACAACGGCGGGGAGCGGCGGUGGGAGAGCGAGGGAGCCGCGGCUCAGUAGAAGGACCGGCGGAGGAAGCCCCGAAGAAAGGAACGGCCGCUCGCUCUCCGGCGCCCGCCACCCGGCCUUUGGCUCUGGCGCUGCCCUCGCUUCCGAGACGGAGGUGCGGAGGAAGCGCCGCGCUUGCUGACAGCCAGGCGAGCCCGAAGCGAAGAGAGCAGGUGCCGCUGACCUUCUCGGGCGGGCGGGCUGGCAGGCAGCGUCCCCCUCGCUCUGCCCGGGCUUCCGUUCGCCGGCGGAGGCUGCCGAGAGGCGAAGGGGCGGCUCGCAGUUCUCCCUGUGAGGCACGGCGGACGGCUACGAGGGGGAGCGCGCGGAGCGGCUGGCAGCCCCCGCCCACCCCAGGGAGCCAUUGCCCGCCUGCCGGUGAGGAAAGCGGGCAGGGGAGAGAGUCGCGCUCCCAGUCCCCGCCCUCCGCUCGGCGGCUGGCGCUGACAGGCCCUGGGCGGGCUGGGCUCGGCGGCCCCUGCUCCGGCUGCCAUGUGCUGGGGCUGCCGCCUCUCCCGCGGCCUCCCUCGCUGGUCUAAAUGCUCCUAGGGGCGUCCUGGCUGUGCUCCUCCAAGGCUGCCGCCGCAGAGAAGCGAGCAGCGGAGGAGAGGCGGAGGCGGCGGGCGGCUUCGGCGGUAGCGGGAAGCGGCGGCGGCGGGGGCAACGGCGAGGGACCGCCGCCCGCCGCCGGAGGGGCCAUGGACGAGUCGUCGUUGCUGGACUUGUUGGAGUGCUCCGUGUGCCUGGAGCGCCUGGACACGACGGCCAAGGUGCUCCCCUGCCAGCACACCUUCUGCCGCCGCUGCCUGGAGAGCAUUGUCAGCUCCCGCCACGAGCUGCGCUGCCCCGAGUGCCGCAUCCUGGUGGGCUGCGGCGUCGACGAGCUGCCCGCCAACAUCCUGCUCGUCCGCCUGCUGGACGGCAUUCGGCAGAGACCCCGCGCGGGCGCUGGAAGCGGCUGUUGCGGGGGUGGCAACUGCGGGCCCGGCAGCCCCAAGUCCCCCAGCAACGCUGGCCUUUCGGGCGGCGACAGCGGGGAGAACCCUACCGCCGUUGGAGCAGGAGGUGGAGGAAACAGCGCGGUUCCCCCGGUUAACCCUGGUUGUCAACCCGCCGCGGUGGCCACCACGUCCAGCGGCUCCCCGAGUGUGGCCGCUGCAGCGGCUUCAGCCGCCGCCAGUCUGCGGGAACUCGCUGCCGCCAGCCGGAGCGCCUUGCUUAAGAACCCCACUCAGCUUCCCUAUGGAAAAGCUCUUUAUGCCUACGAAGGGAAAGAACCCGGUGACCUCAAAUUUAACAAAGGAGACCUUAUUAUACUGCGCAGAAAAGUAGAUGAGAAUUGGUAUCAUGGGGAACUGAAUGGAAAUCAUGGCUUUUUCCCAGCAAGCUACAUCCAGUGUAUCAAGCCUCUUCCACCAGCCCCGCCACAAGGCAAAGCACUUUAUGACUUUGAAAUAAAGGACAAAGAUCAAGACAAAGACUGUUUGACUUUUACCAAGGAUGAAAUUUUGACUGUCAUCCGAAGAGUAGAUGAUAAUUGGGCAGAAGGAAUGCUGGGGGAUAAAAUUGGAAUAUUCCCUAUUCUGUAUGUGGAGCUCAAUGAAUCAGCUAAGCAGCUUAUUGAGAUGGACAAGACCAAUGUAGCUGCUGCAUCUGGCAGUGAUGUCCCUUUGCCAGUUGACACUAACCUGGCAGUAAGCACAGCCCAGUGCUGCACACUGAACAGUGCUGGAGCAGUCAGUGCCAUUCAGCGACAUAUUGACGGCAAGAAGAAUGCCAAGAAGCGCCAUUCCUUCACUGCUCUCAGUAUGACCCACAAGUCCUCCCAGGCCUUGAAUAAUAGGCAUUCCAUGGAGAUUAGUGCUCCUGUUCUGAUAAGUUCAAGUGACCCCCGAGCUGCAGCCAGAAUUGGAGAUGUGGCUCAUCUCUCCACCAGUGCACCAGUCCAGGAUUCUACUUUAGCUGGAUCCGCAACCAUGGCUGGACCCAGAACCAGUGCAAUUGUGGGAGAUCAAGGAACACCAUCAAAGGUCCAACUACCACUCAAUAUUUAUUUGGCAUUAUAUGCCUACAAACCUCAGAAGACAGAUGAACUAGAACUACGUAAGGGCGAAAUGUAUCGUGUUAUCGAGAAGUGUCAGGAUGGCUGGUUCAAAGGCACGUCCUUGAGAAAUGGCAUGUGUGGCGUCUUUCCAGGCAAUUAUGUCACUCCUGUUUCCAGGGUUCCUGCAGCAACUAACCAGGCCAGGAAUUUAACAGGAGGCUCUCCAACAGCCAAAGGCUCCCCUCGAGAUGCAGUCCCAGGAGCCCCAGUUCUUACCAGUUCUGCUUCUGUUACCAGACCGGCGGUUCCAAUCACAACCCCUCCCUCUCAGACCCAGCUGCCAGCAGGCUCCCCACAGAUGAAUAACUGUUUGAGAUACUCUUCUCAGCACCCCGUGAUUCAGCCUCGCAGCACUGUGCAAAUGGUUGUUCACAAUUCUGUGCAGGCCCAGGAUCGGCCCACAGCCACAGUCUCACCACUGAGAAGCCAGAAUUCUCCAUCUCGCCUCCCAGCAACUGUGAUCAGAUCACACUCGGUGGUUUCUCCACAACAUAUCCACCACUCUCCUGUGCAUGUCAUCCCUGGAGCACAGUGUGCCAGACCUAUUAUUCCUCUCACUUCAGCAGCUGCAGCAAUUACUCCUCCCAAUGUCACUGCAGUCAAUCUGAAUGGAGAAGCUGGAAAUGGGCCCAUCAGUAGCUUGGUGACUUGUAGCCCAACCAACACAGCUUGCAAAACAGAAGAAAGGAAAAAUGAAAAGAAAGAAAAGAAAAGCGGCCUCUUGAAACUUCUAGCAGGAGCAUCCACGAAAAAGAAAUCCCGCUCUCCUCCCUCCAUGUCUCCAACACACGAUCCUAUGGCAAUAGUGGAAGGGAUGCUGCAGGGCGCAAUGGGACCUGAACUGUCCUCUCUCUCCAGCCACGGGAGGGCAGGAUCGUGCCCUAUCGAGAGUGAAAUGCAAGGCGCAAUGGAGAUGGAGCCUCUGCACAGAAAGACGGGAUCUUUGGAUCUGAAUUUUUCUAUCCCUUCUCCCAUAAGGCAACUGCCGCCUUCAAUGGCAACCAGCCACCCAGAAGCUAAGCCGUUGAAUCGAGAAAGAUACCGUGUGGUGGUCCCGUAUCCCCCGCAGAGUGAAGCUGAGAUUGAACUGAAGGAGGGUGACAUUGUGUUCGUCCACAAGAAAAGGGAAGAUGGUUGGUACAAAGGGACGUUACAGCGGAAUGGCAGGUCAGGCCUUUUCCCCGGCAGCUUCGUGGAGAGCUUUUGAAGGCUUGGGUUGUGGACUUGAGGGACGUCCUGGAGGAAACGCUGGAGCACAAAACCAUAUAAAGCAGCAACAAAGGGAAAGUGCCAUAAUGGGAGCGAGCCAUGAUUAUGAUUUCCAAAGGCUCUAUGAUUGACCACCUGGAAACAAGGGGUCUGGCGGCGCUUUCAAACAGUACAUACAGCAGUAUGUUGGAGUCGUGCCUUCUACAUGGAACAGAUCAGAGAUGGAGAGGACACACGUUAAAAUCCAGCCAGUAUAUUUCAUGUAAAUGAUAGAGGAAUUAUGUUUGGAAAAGAAAAGAAACGUGUUGUAUCGCUGUAAUUUA